AUUAAUUUCAGUUUCAAAUGGCUGAUGAGAAUUUAGAUUAGAUAAUUGACAUGCCAGAAUAAUCUGAUAUGAUAAAUGAUGCAAAAACCUAAGUUUUAAAUUAAUAAUAUAUAAUUAAUAGGCAAGAUAUGCAGUAGAACAUUUUAAAGUAGAAUCAUAGAUUUCAAAUUAUAUAAAGAAAUUCUUUGAUGAAAAAUAUGGGCCAAAUUGGCAUUGUGUUGUUGGUAGAGAAAUUGUUAAUAAAUAGGGAAACAUUUCAAUUCUUACACAUCUUAUGAAAGCAAAAGAUAUAUGUUCUUUUAUGAAGGAUAAAUGGCUAUUCUACUUUAUAAAAUGGGUUGAAGAAUACAG